CACUCUACUCAAAUAUGUAAGUUAACGACCAAAAAAUCUCACGCUGAUUCGCUCGCAAAACCCACUUAAAGCCAGCCAGUAGAAAAGAAGCAACGAAAGAUCACCUCACUCUCAAACAGCCGACUCCUUCGUGUUCAUCGCUCUCCUCCCUUUCUCGAUGGCUUCAGCGAUGCUGUCCUUAGCUUCCGUCUCGCCGUCAGCUUCUCUGUCCACGCACGAGACUCCCAUGGGGAAGUUGAAGCUUGGGAGUUCUUCUUGGAGCUUGAACAAGGAAAGAAACUGUCUGUUUACGAAGACGGAGUCUUUUGGUAGGGUAUCUAUGGUAGCUGCGGUGAAUGUCUCCAAAUUCGAGGGUGUAACGAUGGCCCCGCCGGAUCCAAUUCUCGGAGUUUCUGAAGCAUUCAAAUCUAGCACAAACGAAUCAAAGCUCGACCUUGGAGUUGGGGCAUAUCGAACGGAAGAGCUUCAGCCAUACGUGCUUGAUGUUGUUAAGAAGGUCAGAUCCCUAUCCUCCACGAAAUACAAAAUCUUUCACUAAUAAGGUUUGGCAGCAUUCAACAAAGUGACUGCAGAGUUAUUAUUUGGAGCAGACAACCCAGUAAUAAAGCAACAAAGAGUAAGCAAGAAAUCGGAACUCGUAAAAUAAAUCAUGCAGUUCUUCUCUUUGAUCUUAUCUCACAGUCUAUUAAUUGUUUAUUUUCAUUUUAUGAAGCUAGCAACUGUUCAAGGUCUUUCAGGAACUAAUUGACUAGCUACUUAGUACUACGAUCUGGUGGUAUUCUUCUUCAUUUGGAAAUGAGAUGUCUUAGGUUCGAAUCUCGUGGAUGACGAAUUCGAUACCAAAUUAGACUGCCAAUUGUGUGGCUUAGCCGAACCAACAGAGUCCAAGGUACGAUUCGGACUGGAAGCUUCCUCAAACAUUUUUAAGAGAACUAAUGAACAUUUCCUUUAAAGACGUAGUGCGGUAUAAAUGCUGUCAUAUAACAUCACUUGGGAACGAGAUUUAGUUUAGAGGCUAAGCUUCCCAUAAUCAAGAGGAAUGAUGUGAAGAGAUGCAUCAUCAGCAAAAGAAGCAUCAAUUGGAGCAAAAAAGAGUUCAGCACAGGAACCCAGAGCAUUCUCAAACUACGCUCUCAUAGUGCUGCUUCAAAAAUUCUUUCACUCCAACAUUAUCCAUUUUGUAUGCAUACAGUCUAAUUAAACUGAUCACGUAGGUUAAAUAUUAUAAAUCAGAAAGCUGGAUGCUCUUUUUUUCUAACCAAAAGCAAUCCAAAGUCCGAGCCACUUGCGUGAUAGAUCUCAAAUUUACUGAUUGUAAAUUAUAGUAUACAGAAAGUUGAGAAUAAGUAACCGGAAUAUUCUUUAUAUUACUAAUUGAUUUUAUAGUUGAACUUCAACUUUCUUAA